AUGCGAGCUCAGACUGAUACGUGGUCUGCAGAUUACUUAUUAAGGAUCGGUAAUGGGACUGAGGAAGCAUUUGAUGGUGACAAUGUGUGGCUUUCUGAUGACAUUUUGAUUCACAAUCCUCCGGAGGAUGAUUCCGUUGACAUUCUUAUUGAUCGUGUGUUCCCAAAUCUUGUUGCUAAUUGCACUUCUGCCAAUUAUAUGCGCGAGCGUGCGAUCCUAUCCACCAGAAAUGAAUAUGUUGAUACGGUGAAUGCACUUAUGAUUGAUAGAUUUCCAGGGAAACAAAAGGUUUUCUAUAGCUUUGACUCUGUCGAUGAUGACUCGCGUAACAAUUAUCCUCUUGAUUUUCUCAACUCAAUUACUCCUAAUGGGCUGCCACCUCAUGAGUUGAAGGUUAAGAAGAAUUAUCCUGUUAUAUUGCUUCGUAAUCUUGAAGCUCAUAACGGCCUCUGCAAUGGCACUCGGCUGGUGGUACGGGGAUUUCAAAAUAAUACAAUUGAUGCUGAGAUUGUUAAUGGGCAGCAUGCAGGUAAGAGGGUCUUCAUUCCGAGGAUUCCAAUGUCUCCUUCCGAAGACCUCACUCUUCCGUUCAAGUUUAAGAGGAAGCAGUUCCCCAUCCGGUUAAGUUUUGCUAUGACAAUUAAUAAAGCGCAGGGUCAGACCAUACCUAAUGUAGGUAUCUACCUCCCUGAGCUUGUUUUUUCACACGGACAGCUGUAUGUGGCGCUGUCCAGAGGUGUUUCUCCUGAGAGUACGUGGGUUCUUGCAAAGAGAAAUAUGAACAUUGAUCCUACAGGAAAGAGUACGAAGAAUAUUGUAUACGCAGAUGUCUUGGAAUCGUGA